UAAACAUCACUGUUGCGUUCGCGCAGACUCUUUGAGCGCUCGCAUUCUAUCGCUAACUCCGCGCCAGCGCCUACCUACAAACUGCUUAACAAAUCGUGAAAUGAACGUGGUAUUGUGAAAAUAUAAAAGUGAAUUAGUAAAUUGAACUUUGAUAGUUAUUUGACAACGAAAUGGCUAUUUUAACUUUUGAAAAGAUUACGGGGGUAGUGCCCGUGCGGUUCAACGUAUGGGUAAUGCUGUUCACGAGCUGCUGGGUGGCUUACAUGCUGAGGGUCAACAUGAGCCUCAAUAUCAUCGCAAUGGUGCCGCAAGUCGAGAGCAAUACCACGUCACAUUCUCAGUGUAACGCUAAAGAUGAUCCAAUAAGGAACGAAACUUUGAGGCACGCUGACAUUGCCGAUGUUAGGCAGGCUCCGAGACAGACACCUGGCGCGGGGUCUUUCGACUGGAGCCCUGAGCAACAAGCCCUGAUCCUCGGCUCGUACUUCUGGUGUUACCCCGUGACGUCAUUAGUGGGCGGCAUGGCGGCGGAGCGCUGGGGCCCCCGCUACGUCGUGCUGAUAAUGUCUCUGCUGAGCGGACUGUUGACCAUUAUAAGUCCCGCUGCGGCCCGCCUGCAUUAUGUCGCUAUUGUCAUCGUGCGGUUUUUACUCGGCAUUGCUGGCGGAUUCAUCUACCCGGCGCUCCACGCUUUAAUCGCAAGAUGGGCGCCACCAACAGAAAAGGGAAAAUUCGUCAGCGCGAUGAUGGGAGGAACCAUGGGUACUGUGAUGACUUGGUCUGUCACUGGUCCUUUAGUGGAGAAAUUCGGGUGGGCCUCGGCUUUCUACGUUCCUGGCGUGUUGACUCUGAUCUGGUGUGCAGUGUGGUGGUAUAUUGUGGCCGAUUCACCUGCGGAACAUCCGAGAAUCAGUGAUAAAGAAAGAAAGUACAUUCAGGAUGCUCUGGGAGACAAAGUUAAAAAAUCAAAGGGUCUCCCGCCGUUCAAGAGUAUUUUGACAUCAUUUCCUUUCCUGGCCAUGGUUAUAUUGCACUACGGAAAUCUCUGGGGCUUGUAUUUUAUAAUGACCGUGGGGCCAAAGUUCGUGUCAAGCGUGCUAGGGUUCCAGCUCUCAGCCGCCGGUGUCAUAUCAGCCUUGCCAUAUUUGGCCAGAUUAUUCUUAUCCGCGAUAUUUGGAGUGCUAGGGGACUGUAUUUUGGCGAGAAAUCUUAUGAAGACGACACAGAUUAGGAAAUUCUUUUGUUUGUUCUCGCAUAUAAUCCCUGGGGUGUUUUUGAUAUUGCUGGUUUACGCGGGGUGCUCGACGGCACUGUCCGUUGCCUUGAUUACUCUGUCGAUGGGGGCCAACGGCGCCGCGACGCUCACAAACCUACAGAACCACCAGGACCUCGCACCGAAUUACGCCGGGAGCUUGUAUGGCAUUGCCAAUGCCAUUGGAAGCACUGCUGGGUUCUUCACUCCGAUGAUUACAGCCUACUUUACGAGGAAUGGGAAUGGCUUCGAGCAGUGGAGGCCAGUAUUUUUCGUCGGAGCCUCGGUGUACAUAGUGUCAGCCAUCUUCUUUAUAUUCUUUGGAACUGGAGAGACUCAGGAGUGGAACUUUCCUAAAGAGAAGGAGGAGUCAGAUGGCAAAUCAAAGAAGAUCGAUCUCAAAGAUGCGAAAGACACUCCACUUAGUGUAAUUAGUUCCUAGUAAUGUUUAGAAAAAAAUGUUUAUCAAAUUUAGCUUUAUUUAUAGGACUUUUAAAUAUGAUAAUGGAAUGAUCUGACUUUAAUCAUAAGGUUAGGUAUUGUUAGUAAUGUUUCAUUUAUGAAGCCUUUGAAUCAUAAAGAAGUUCAGCCAUAAUUUGCCAUUUGACUUGUUUUCACCAAAAGUGGAAUUUGUUAUUUUAUAAACACUGUCGAUUAUUUCCUACUAAAGUAGCUGAACGCAUUAUUAGGUAACAUAUUUAUUUAUAUAAUAGAAGAUUAACAGCAGUAUACUAUUAAAUGGCAUUUAUAAACAAGUAAAAUACAAAUUAUGCAUAUUACUUGUAGUUUUUAUUUAGAUUUAGAACUGUAUUUUACUUUAGGUACUUACCUGUAGAAGUUUAUAAAAGAUUGAAUGUAUAAAUGAUGUAUCAUGUUGAUAGUUUUUGACAAAAUAAUAAUGUAUUCAUAUACGAGUAUAAAAUUUAACAGACUGUGAUUGUAUUUAUUUUACAUUUUACCAAAUCGUGACCAAAUGGAAUGUGAUGUAGUUUUAGGUUUAUUUAGUACCGAUUGGUCAUUCCCGUGGCUCGUGGCUCAAAUCUCAGCACUUUAAUCCAUAUACCUACUCGGCAACUGCAAAAUUGCUAAUGCUCAAAACGUAAUCGACAAUAGAAAAAAAACGGUUUUAAGUUAUUUUUAUUUAUCUGGUAAGUAGAGAAUCUCUGUAAUAUAUAAUUGUUGUAAAAUCUUAAUGAACUUUUGUAUCGAUGUAAGAUACUUAACUAUCGCUGGUGCUGAAAAUUAAGUCUCUGUUUAGGUUAUUGUAACCCAGCAAAUAUAAAAAAAUGCUUAUCCGGCCGCAGCAUUUUUUACUAUAUUUUUCUCUCUAGUGUGAUCGUUUUUUAUUAAGCAAAUUAUUGUAAGAGUUUGACAUUCCUCUGUUAUCGUAUUCUUAAACUAUAAACGGGUGAAAUGUUUUAGGUGAUACAAAAUUUAUGGACUCGAUUGUACCCAUUUCUAUCAGCAUUUUUUGUUACAAAAGUAACAAUGAAAUCUGCAAAAAAACAUCAGCAAUAUACUAUACAGUUCAUUUCUCCACCACGUGUGGAGACCAGGAUUUUUGUAAUAUGAUUUUAGAGUUACUUACUGUUAUAACAAAAUUUUAUUAUAGAAAUGAGUACAAAUCUCGUAUCACCUAUAAAAUGUCACCCAGUAUUAUUCGUUCCAAUUUGAUUUAAGUAGGGUAAAAGCACCAGUAGUCAGCCUUAUAACGAAAUUUCUAUGUUCAAGAUCGUAUAAUUUGCACACUUAUGGACCAAUAGGUAUUAUCAAUGUUUUUUCUGUUCAAGAAUUUAAUAAAGUUUAAUAUUUGUAAAGAAUAAAACUUAAUUGAAUUCAACUUUUGGAAAUAUUUAAUUAAAUAUAAUAAAAGGGCAUUUUUGCCAGUAAUCAGCCCCCUGUAUACCAAUACACAGCCUUUAGGUACCCAGUGCCCAGCCAUCUCAUACUAAUGGCUGAUUAGUGGGUUCGAAUAGAGUGAGCUUAUUGUCCAGUGGUCAGCCACAGGCUGACUACUGGGUAUUUAAUGUGUUUCAAUCAAAUAAAUUCAUAAUAAAGUCAUUUUUAAAGGGACUUGAUUUAACGACUUACACUUCAUUUUAAAAUAAUAACAAAUCCUAAAUCCUAUGGUCAGCCUCCCCUGGCUGACUUCUGGGUUUACGACCUUUUUAAAAUUACUGCUUCAAACCCAGUAGUCAGCCAGGGGAGGCUGACUAUUGGAUUUUGUACAAAAAAAUAGUUUCCAAUAGUCAGCCGCCAUAAAAAUGUUACUUCCACAUGGAUUAAUAUUAAUUUUUUACGUUUUUCAGAUAGUUUAGGUAUUAAUUAGGUGAAGCAGUCCACAUUUAAAAAAAAAAAAUCACAAUUCGGCUGCUAUCGUCUUAUCAAAAUACCAUGUGACAUUCCAAAAAAAAUGGCGCAUAUCUCUUAUCCUUUCAUGUCAGAAGACACCACCACUUUGAAUUUUUUUUGUGGAUCAUCGUAGAGUAUUCGUUUAAAAAUUAAGGUAUUUUUCAAUGAAUAGCUUAUCAAUCUAUAAUAUUACCUAGUUUUCACAUGAAAAUUAGAAAAACUAUAUUAUUUACAGCCAAAAAUAGACAAGAAAGGCUGACUACUGGUGCAUGGCUGAGCACUGGUGCCUUUACCCUAGUUCAAUGCUAUUAAUUAAUACGAAAUAUUUUACGGCAAUAGGUAUUUAUACGUUAUUGUUAAAGCUGUUACACCUGUAUUACACAUGAUAUACCUAUAUUAUCAAUGUAUGUGGACGAUUUAUAGUUCAAUACAAGACACGUGUAUGCCGUGUCGUGUAUGUCACCAUUCGGCACGUCUAUGUAUUAAUAUUAAUAUUCCAUUGUUGCGGAAGUUACCUAAGAUGUUACGUUAUGUGACGUUAACGUCUGCUCAGCUGUGGUGACCGUUUUGUAAACCAUUUUAGUCAAAAUUUAAUGUGACUUAUAAUAAUUUGACGUAACGUAAAAUAUUUACUUAUUUAAAUAAAUGCGGAAAUAUGAUCGUUGAUCGGUAUUAAUAAGCUUUCUUAUUUGUUUUAUCUAUGAUGAUUAAAAUUGAAAUUUAAAUAAACUCGAUAUGACAAGUA